AUGCCACCACCACGCGGAACCCAGAAUAUAUUGGAGGGCCCUGGUGACUACGAUGUGACCUCGGCUGUCCACAGUGACUCCUACCCAGAAAUCGACCCUCGUCAAUUCGACUUCUCCGGAAAAGCCGUUUUCGUUACCGGAGGUUCGCGAGGCCUGGGUCGUGCAAUGGUACUAUCAUUCGUUCGAGCGGGAGUUUCCUUCGUCGCUGCCGGCGCACGCUCAGAUAUGUCUCAGCUAGCUAAAGAUGUAGCAUCCACCGCAGAGUCAGCAAAUCGACAACCUCCCAAGUUUUUGCCGGUAAAUAUCGAUGUGGCCGAUCCUAAGAGUGUUGAAAACGCUGCUACCCUGAUAGAACGUGAAUUUGGUCGAAUCGAUGUUGUUAUCAACAAUGCCGGCCUUCUUGGCUCUCACGGAGGUAUCGCUGCAACGGAUCCUGAAGAGUGGUGGAACAUCCUGAGCGUGAACCUCCGCGGGCCGUAUCUCGUUGCGCGGUCAUUCCUACCCAUGCUAGCGAAAAGCCCCAAUCCAUAUAUUAUUCAAGUCACCAGUGUAGCAGCUCAUCUAUUGAAUCCAACGUUGACGGCAUAUCAAACGUCAAAGGCAUCAUUAUUACGGUUUACGCAGCUCAUCCACGCCGAGUACGGCAAGCAAGGCGUUACCGCAUUCGCCAUUCAUCCAGGAAAUUGUCCUACCGAUAUGAUGGGUGGACCAGAGGGAUUGCAUGACUUUGAGAAACAUAUCUUUGUUGAUUCACCAGAUUUAAGCGCCGACACCCUCGUAUUCCUCACCGCAGAAAAGCACGAGUGGCUGGGUGGUCGAUACAUCAACGUUACUUGGGACAUGCCCGAAUUAAUAGCGAAGAAAGAUCAAAUUGUGGAAGGAGACAAGCUAAAGAACAAAUUCAUAUUUUAG